AUGGCCCGCCCCGCCAACCAUCGUAAAAAUCCCCACCUGAUUAUUCCAAAACAAAAGAGAGAUAAACAAGAGUGUCGUCCACCGGAUCUGUGCUGGGCAGGUUAUACUCGACCUCUCGACCACAUCGACGCGGGCGCCACCAGAGAAACCCUAAACCCCGCCGCUGGGAAGAUUAUUCCAAAACAGAGACUCUCAAAGAAAGUGCUUUUAUGGUGGAAAGUGCUUUUAUCAUUGGGAUUCAGAGACUCUGUAAAAACAAACAACGUGAGUAGUAUUGCAAACUUCCGUAGUGGUUUCGUAGUAGGGUUUGGGUCCGGAUUUUGGGCCUUCUUUCUCGAAAGGUUUGCUUCUGUCAGCAAAUACUCGUUGCAGCAUGCUAAAACAACGCGGAUGAAAACCUUCAAAAACUGCGAAGACUUGGUGGCCAAUCUCGAAGAGCCAUCGAUGAUCCUAGGAGAUGAUGCAGCUUGGAAGAUAUGGUACGCAGAUUUGAGAAUGUUGGCAUAUGAUAGUGAUCUUCUCCUAGAUCGUAUGUCUUUGGAGUAUCGAGUAAAUUUGAUUGCUGUUAAGGAAAAAGAUGUAUUGGAUAUGUUGGCCUCCCUUGAUUUCUCGUCGGAGGUAAUCCAAACUCAGGAGAAGUUUGACAAGUUGUUGAAAGAGUUAGAUAGCCUGGUGGUGACAGCAACGGUGUGUAGAGGGUAG